CAACCUUUCAGCAACUUCUUCACUAUAGAGCAGGUGUCAAUGGAAAAUUUGACGGUGCCGCGGUGGUACUCCAAACAAGAGCUGUUACGCCUUAUCGGAUUGCCUCAGGCAGGGUCAGUGCCUCCAAUCGGCACUCUGUUGAAGAAAUGCCCAGGAUUCAACCAGGAGGAUGAGGGGCUCCGUCCGAAGCAAACAAUUACUGGCCUAAGACGCAUCUUUCAAGAGCAUGGUUUGCGACCAAGGUGUUGGGAUUUGCCACCAAUGGUUGAGUUAAGGGGGUGAUCUGUAUCUUUUGCCUACAACAUUUCACCUAACUCACUAAAGCUGGCGCUGGUACCUUGGAAUCUGGCAGCCAUCCAUUUCAUACUUUAUUAUGGGAUCACAAUUUGGCUCUGCCACCCAUUUCCAAGGGCAUAUUUACCAAAAUAAGGUUUUUUUUUUUUUUUAUGUUAAAUAAUUAGUUACAUAAUAAAUGAUAAUUUUUAAU